AUGCUCACUCUGUGCAGUAUAUGCAUCUCACGCGCACCCAGCGGCUACCACAUCACCAACACAGCCGAAGAGGCGGCUCUGUGGGUGCUCAACUCGUGUACCGUUAAGAACCCGUCGGAACAAAGCUUGCAGGGGGCUAUUCAGAAAGCCAAGGAUUCCGACAGGAGGGUCGUCAUAGCUGGGUGCGUCUCCCAAGGAGCGCCCGGGACGUACCAAGGCUACUCCAUUGUGGGUGUGCAGCAGAUCGAUCGGAUAGUCGAGGUCGUGGAGGAGACACUCAAGGGCCACUCAGUCAGGCUACUCAAGGAGAAGAAGCAGGAUGGCUCAGAUGGAGGUAAGAAGACACGAGCCGGGGGAGCCGCCCUAUCUUUGCCUAAGAUCCGCAAGAAUCCAUUGAUCGAGAUUGUGCCUAUCAGCACUGGGUGUCUGAAUCAGUGCACUUACUGCAAGACCAAGCACGCACGCGGGGAGUUGGGGUCGUAUCCGCUGGAGGAAAUUGUGAACCGCGUGGAAGAGGUCUUGGCCGAGGGUGUGGUAGAGGAACUGGCAUCGUAUCUUAUUGACAAUGUGCCACACAUGACCGUGUCCACGGACAUCAUCUGCGGCUUCCCCACCGAAACGGCCGAGGAGUUCGAGGAGACACUCGACCUUAUAAAGAAGUAUAAGUUCCCGGUGCUGAACAUCUCCAAAUUCUACCCCCGCCCUGGAACCCCUGCCGCCAACAUGAAGAAGGUCAACACGCUAGAGUGCAAACAGAGGAGUCGAGCGGCCACCAUUCUAUUCAACUCAUACCAAAUAUACACUCCUGAACGUAUUGGUCUCGAGUACAUGGUGUUGGUGACCGAUGUGUCCAGUGAUGGCAACUACUGGGUAGCGCAUAACCAGAGCUUUGAACAGAUUCUGAUACCAAAAUUGGAUCAGUAUCUGGGCAAAUACAUCCGGGUACAGAUCACCGAGAUUGGCAAAUUCUAUAUGAAGGCCGAUGUGCUAGAAGAAUCCGUCGAAAAGGCUCCGUACGUACCACCGCCUCUGCCUUUUGGACAAGUGAGUGGAGGCCAAAAAACCCCAAAAACCCAAAAACCCCAACUAGGACAGGUCGUACAGGAGAUCAAAUCCAAACAGAAGUCUUUAUAUGUCGCUGUAGCCGCGGUUGCAGUGUAUGUGCUGAUCAAGUUUGUCCGCAGGUAUCUCACAUCGGGCUCGUCUGCGUUGACGUAG